AUGGACCCCCACACUGCCAUAUCCCUUUUCUCCAUAGAGAAGUCCCAGAAGCCUAUAUCGUCGAGAGACCAGAGCCCGCUUCCCCCCGCAAAAGCACACUCACGAUCACCCCCAUCCGCAUCACAAGCAUCAGAACCCAUUCCUCUCCAGGAUCUCGGGACCUCUCCCGACGCAGCGGAUACCAAUGACCAGAAAAUUCCAGAUUCGGACCUUGAACGGAGCCAUAUCGGAUCUCCAGUCAACGGGAACACCAACACAGCGACGGCCACAGAGACCCUCCAGACAGUUUGGGACCCCUACAUGAACCGCUUCCGUCUCAUCUCGGGCUCGCUCAUAAACUUCGCCAAUGGACUCAACGACAGCGCCCCUGGCGCCUUGAUCCCAACCAUCGAGCAGCGCUUCGGCAUCGGCUACGCUGUCGUCUCGCUCAUCUUCGUCGCCAAUGCGCUCGGCUUCGUCGCGGGGGCGUUCUGCAUCGACAGCAUCCGCACCAGGCUGGGCACCGCUCGUGGCCUGGUGCUGGCAGAUGCCCUGCGCGCCAUUGGUUACCUGGCCAUCACCUGCUCGACAUUGACGCCAUUUCCCGUCAUUGCCUGCGCCUUUUUCCCGAUAGGUUUCGGUAUGGCUAUCAAUAUAUCCACAACCCAAAUCUUUUGUGGCUCGCUGCGGUCGGGGACCGCUCUUCUCGGCAUCAUUAACGGCGCAUACGGCAUCGGCGGCACCGUAGGUCCCCUAAUCGCCACGUCCAUCGUCACGGCCCCCGGCGCUACCACAGACGCAUGGUCGAGAUACUACUUCAUCACCAUGGGUCUGGCUGUCUUCAACGGCGUUUUCGCCUACAUCUCGUUUCGUCACUAUGAGCCAGAAUCAGCCCAACCUGUCCAGCAGGCGCCAAACGACAGCGUCACAAUACCGCCCAAAACCACCCCCGGUCUAGGCACUAUGCUCCAAGCCCUCCGCAACCCCGUAAUCCUCGUCUGCGCCCUCUUCAGCUUUGCCUACCAGGGUGCCGAGGUCUCCAUCAGCGGCUGGGUCAUUUCGUUCCUCAUCACGGCGCGCGGCGGCGACCCCGCUUCGGUCGGUUACGUCACGGCAGGUUUCUGGGCUGGAAUCACAAUCGGCCGGCUGCUGGUAGCGGCGCCGGGUUUGAGCACCCGCGUCGCCGGACGCGAGGUCCGCUUCGUCUUCGUCUGCACCUUUGGCUCCGCCGUCUUCGAGGCGCUCGUCUGGGCCGUGCCCAACGUCAUCGGAAAUGCCGUGAGCGUCUCCAUAGUCGGGCUGCUUCUGGGUCCCGUCUACCCCUGCGGCGUGACCGUGUGGCUCCGGUUGAUGGGCCGCCGCGAGAGGCUGAGCGGCAUGGGGGUCAUCACUGCGUUUGGGAGCUCGGGAGGUGCCGCCGCACCGUUUACGACCGGGCUGUUGGCGCAGGUGGCUGGGACUUUUGUGCUACACCCCAUCGCGAUUGGGCUUUUUGGUAUUAUGGCGGUUUGUUGGUGGUGGUUGAACAGGGAGCGCAAGCGUGUUGAGUAG